UGGUUAAAACGAACAGUCCUUUUGUAAGAAAUUGUUGGUAAUGCUGGCAUGAUAAUUGCGGCAAUAUGGCGUUUACACUAUGGACACUUUUCGAAGCAACUUUGUUAUGUCUAAAUGCAGUUUGCAUUUUGAAUGAGGAAAGGUUUCUUGCCAAAGUUGGCUGGGCAUCGUGGCAAAAUGUGCAAGGAUUUGGAGAACCUCCGACAGCUAAAUCACAAAUAUUGAAUCUUAUUAAAUCGAUACGAACUGUGAUGAGGGUUCCUUUGAUAUUCUUUAAUAUCUUAACAUUAAUUGUGAAGCUUGUGCUUGGCUGAGAAAGAAGAAAUACAAUGUAAAUAUUGAAAUGGAAUACGAUGUUCCAGUUUUACAUCAGUACUAAUGAUGCUCUAAGCCUAAGGGAAGAAAGAUAAAUUAUUAUUUGAAAAAGACGAUCGCGACACGACUCUGUUCUUGUAACUGGAACGUCGAUCGAGCCAAGUUAGUGCGAAUUUUUCUCCUUUCGCACGCUGGUGGACGAGCACAUCUUUCGCGCGCCUCUUGCAAAAUUCCACGGAGAUUCUCACACGCGUCUCUCCACAUCUCCCUCCUGCCGAUCUCACCGUACCCCCUGACGCGCAGCACUUUCCCCGCUGGAUGUCACAGGUACACACGUAAGGUCUUUCAGGACAGAUUGGCCGAUACCGCGCUUCUCUCGGCAUCUUUCACGAAAUUAUUUUUAACAAACGGAAUCAUUAUCAUGCUGCGCAUUGCCAAGUAGAAUCGUAAGACGCUUGUUUACACGAUAAUCGCAUUAUUAUUUUUAAUAGAGAAAAGAGAUGAUUUUUCAGAAUUUAAAAAAUCUUUGUUUUUUAUUGCUUUAUGCGUAUCUUGUCUAAUUUCUUAAUUAAAUAGUAACUUAUGAUACACCGUGUUCUUGGUAUGGAACUAUUGAGAAUUAGAAAAUUCUUGAUUAUAUAUAUUUUAUAUUAUUUGAAUUUCCAUUUAAUUCAUAGACUUUCUCUAUAUGUCUAGUUUUUAUAUAAUUAUCUUUAUAUAAUUAUUUCUAAAAUAGGACAUAUAUAUAUAUAUAUAUAUGACAAAUAUAUAUGACCAAAUUCUUAUUACUCGAAACUUUAUUCCAUUACAUAAAAUAUUAGCAACUUCACUGCUCUUUAAGAUUUCUAAUUUGUAUGGCAAAUGGUUUAAGUGUUAUGAAAACAGGCUUCUCACGCUUGAGAAUAAGUUUCUAUUGACACGAAAAUUAUUCCAAACGUGCGCAACAUUUCUCAUCUUAUGUGAAACAUAAAUUUAUUUUCCUUGCUCUUUAUUUCCGCUAAGCUUUGCAUUUGUGUCUUACCAAGCUCUUUAUUGACUUGGAAGAUAUUCAACAAUACGAUAAGUAAAAUAUCAUGUCGAUCACAAAAUUAUAACUGGCGCGGAAUAAACAACCAUUCGUCGACAACGAUUUUGCGGAAUACAAUCUCUGCAAUCUGAUGUAGAGGAUGUAUUUCUCUUCAUCGAAAUUACAACGAAGAACUCGAUAAAUUCUCUCGAAGCUAUGCAAUAAUGUCGAUAAUAUUUUAUUUUAUUGGCACUCACCCUCUUACGUAACUACGUUCCAAGCCCGUACCGUUUAAAUUAGCGAUAUUAACAUAUUUUCUCGUUACAUAAUUCUUAACGCACCUAUAAUUUAUGUGAUUUUUCUUAUAUAAAAUAUAUAUAUACAAUGUAUAAACGUCAUCUCACAUUAUCUUGAAGCUACAUGCGAGAAAUAUAGAGAAAAUUUAUUUGUGAGCAGAUAUAAUCAUUUGAAGUUACACUUAUGUUAGUUAAAACUUUGAAAGCACAAUAAGAAUUUAUAUAAUGAUUUGAUUUAAGACUAAUUACACCAUGAUUAACUUAUGAUUUUGUCAUGAUGCGCGACCCUGACAUUAUUGCUUUUUUACAAAGACUUCUACAUAUAUUAUAAUAAAUAUUUAUUCCAUUUCUAAAGAUAACUAUUUUUCGCGGCAAAUGUGCUAUUCAUCGUAAAUCUGCUAUAAUGAUAUCUUUUUGCCGUCUUUUCGGAUUUAAAAUUGGCUCAUUUGUUAUCUGGAAUUUACAAGGAAAAUUUGAAUAGUCAUUGUAUGUAACUUAUCGUAAAUGCGUAUUAUGAUGCAUAUUGCAUGAAACCGCCGCAGAUGAAUGUCGUCAUAAAUGUCUGAUGACAGUUAAACAUGUUAAUUAAGUAUUUUCAAGAGUGUAUAUAGACAAUUUUAACGGGCCGAUAGGCUUAACUAAUCCAAUAAAGACGCAUUUUAAAUCG